CCUUGACCCGAGAGGCGGCGACGCGUUCGUGCCGAGCUCUGACUGAGGGACGCGGGCGGAGCGCGCUCCCGGAGGGCGCCCAGAGUCCCGGACCCCGCUUGUCGGCACGGCCAUGAAGAUGAUCCUGGUGCGCCGGUUCCGCGUGCUCAUCCUGAUGGUGUUCCUGCUGGCCUGUGCGCUGCACAUCGUGCUGGACCUGCUGCCCAAGCUGGAGCGGCACACCGCGCGACCCUCCGGGGAGCCCGGCUGCUCGUGCGCUCAGCCCGUGGCCGAAGCGGCGGCGCCCGGCUGGGCCCAGGCGCGGAACCGCCCCGGGGAGCCCCCGGCGGCCGCCGGCGACGCGGGCUGGCCCAACAAGCACACGCUGCGCAUACUGCAGGACUUCAGCUCGGACCCAGCCUCCAAUCUCACGUCCCACUCACUGGAGAAACUGCCACCCGCAGCCGAGGUGGCCGAGCGCGCCCCCCGGGGUCAGGAGCCCGGCCCCCCGCGACCCCGCGACCCUGCGCACCGGCCGCUGCUGAGGGACCCCGGGCCUAGACGGCCCCCGCUGUCCCCUGGCCCCAGCGGGGAAGGCUCGCUCUUGGCCCGGCUGUUUGAGCAUCCGCUGUACCAGGGGGUUGUCCCACCCCUGACCGAAGACGACGUCCUGUUUAAUGUGAACAGCGACAUCAGGUUCAACCCCAAGGCAGCAGAAAGCCCUGACUGGCCUUCAGAAGGUGCUGAAGGUGCAGAAUUCCUGCCCACUGGGGAGGCAGCAGUGGAUUUCUAUCCCAACUGGCUCAAAUUCCACAUCGGUAUUAACCGAUAUGAGCUGUACUCCAGACACAAUCCGGCCAUCGAGGCCCUGCUGCAGGACCUCAGCACUCAGAAGAUCACUAGCGUUGCCAUGAAGUCGGGGGGCACACAGCUGAAGCUCAUCAUGACGUUCCAGAACUAUGGGCAGGCACUGUUCAAACCCAUGAAGCAAACAAGAGAGCAGGAGACACCCCCUGACUUUUUUUAUUUCUCGGACUAUGAGAGGCACAACGCAGAGAUCGCUGCCUUCCACCUGGACAGGAUCCUGGACUUCCGCCGAGUCCCUCCCGUGGCGGGCAGGAUGGUCAACAUGACAAAGGAAAUCCGGGACGUCACGAGAGACAAGAAACUGUGGAGGACUUUCUUUGUCUCUCCAGCCAACAACAUCUGCUUCUAUGGGGAAUGUUCCUACUACUGCUCCACGGAGCACGCCUUGUGCGGGCGGCCCGACCAGAUAGAGGGCUCCCUGGCGGCCUUCCUGCCCGACCUGUCCCUGGCCAAGCGUAAGACAUGGCGGAACCCCUGGCGCCGCUCCUACCACAAGCGCAAGAAGGCAGAGUGGGAGGUGGACCCUGACUACUGCGAGGAAGUAAAGCAGACACCCCCCUAUGACAGCGGCCACCGAAUCCUGGACAUCAUGGAUAUGACCAUUUUUGACUUCCUCAUGGGAAACAUGGACCGCCACCACUAUGAGACCUUCGAGAAGUUUGGGAAUGAGACGUUCAUUAUCCAUCUGGACAACGGGAGAGGGUUUGGGAAGUAUUCUCACGAUGAGCUCUCGAUCCUGGUUCCUUUACAGCAGUGCUGCAGGAUCAGGAAGUCCACCUACCUGCGUCUGCAGCUGCUGGCCAAGGAGGAGCACAGGUUGAGCCUGCUGAUGGCUGAGUCCCUGCAGAGGGACAGGGUGGCGCCCGUCCUGUACAGGCUGCACCUGGAGGCCCUGGACAGACGGCUACGUAUCGUGCUGCAGGCCGUGCGUGACUGCGUUGAGAAGGACGGGCUCCACAGCGUGGUGGAGAACGACCUGGACGCUGAGCACAGAGCCUCCACCAAGAGGUAGUGACCUGCAGCUGCCCACGCCAACCUCGAGGAAGGAGGAGGGCUUGGCCACGCACACCACGUGUGAAUUCAGUGAAUUCAGAGACAAGAUGGGGGUUGUCCCCUCGCUGACCUGCAGCCCGGAGGGCGAGGCCUUCCACGUGGCUAUAGCAGGGACUUUUGAGCCUCCAUGUCCAGUAACAGCUAGGGAGGCACCAAUGCUCAUGGGAGAGCCCAGCCAUGGAGGCUGAGAUGCUCCGUCCUUUUUCUUAGGAAAGGAAGCCUUUAUUUACUGUUUUGUAUUUAUAUAAGGUGCACACACGUGCAAAUGGAGAGCUGUCCACACAGAGCACGCGUCACCUCCUAGACUAAGUGGCCGGUCCUGAGUGGCUCCCACCCAGGCACAGGCACCAUGGUGCACUCUCACCUCUGGACCUCGGUUGCAAUAAAGACUUCUGCUCCUCUGUCCCUGGGCCUCAGCAAUCAAGCUGGGGAACCCUGUUGGGGGUGGAGAAGGCUCCCAAUGGACGUCAUGUCCUGUAGUGGGCAGAUGGACACCUGAGCGUGGCUUUCAGGGUAAACAACCAGUUAUCCACUUGUCAAGUGCCCAGCAGUGGCUGGACCUUUCCUGUUGGCAAGCGGCACUGCCCGCCUUUGACUUUGCUCUGGACAGUUGGUGUAGACGCACAGGGUCCCUGGGCCGUGAGCAGUAGGCUAACCUUGAAGCAUUUCUGUGGCAUAGUUUGCAGUGUGGUAAAAGAACAAUAAAGAUACGGCAAGUAUUUGUCUGCGGCCUCUCUGGGGCGGGGCCCUCUCGCUAGCCCUGCCGAGCACUAGGGCUGGACGUGGCUUGUGGAGGAGUCUGCGGGCCUGCUGGGGAGCCGCCUGUCAAGCCCUGGGUAGACAGGCCGGGGAGGCCUGCAAUCCCACAAGGCAGAGGUGGGUGAGGGUACAAUGGAGGGCAGCCACCCACUCCCAUGAGAAUCUCAGAGGGCUGGACAAGGUCCCUAAAGUCACAUGAGGGCCCAGAAGGCAUCCGGCAUGGGGGAUACCAUGUCCCAA